AUGGCUCAGAACAUCAAUGAAAUAAUCAGUCGCCAAGAAAAAAAAUUCAACAACUUGAAACAAAUCAGCACCAACUACAAGAAAGACAGUACACGCAGAAAGACCUUGGAGUAUUCGGAGGAGCGACUUUCCCGACUGAACACGAACUGGGAGAAGUUUGUGUUCAAUGACCAACUACUGGAAAAAAUCGACCCAUCCGAAGAACAAAGUAUUCUAUCAAAUAAAAUACCUCACGGAGAUGCUGAUUGCCUGCGCCGAGAUGUGUCGACGUUAUUGCGUAAGUCUCCCCUGCCUAAGAGAAAUAUUACCCUCAAGGAGGUUAGUGCCCUGCGGGAGUUGCGUAAUGAUGAGUCAUUGUUAGUGCUACCAGCCCACAAAGGUAACGCCACUGUAGUCGUCGACACCGAAGCGUACGAACACAAGAUAACGCAAAUGGUGGGCGACACAAGUGUUUAUCGUAAAGGUCGUUACAACCCUACAGUCAGUCACGACGAAGUUAGCCAGAUAGACGCACCGACCUAUAAACUGUCGCGUCAACUGGCUACACUAUUACAGCCAUACACGGGCAAAACGAGUAGCUACGUGAGAGACUCCCGUCAUUUUGUUGAGUUGCUAGAGGGUAUACAGCUGCAGGACACAGAUAUAAUGGCGGAAAUAAACUACGUUGAGAGUAUUACGUAUUGUCUUAAAAGUGGAUAUUUCCUGUGGCGAGGGGACUUUUACCUCCAGAUUGACGGAGUGGCUAUGGGCUCACCACUGGCGCCCGUUGUGGCAAACAUCUUCAUGGAGUGGUUCGAGGAAAAAGCACUAGAGUCUGCAAACGUGAAACCGCGAUACUGGUGGCGAUAUGUAGAUGAUAUCUUUGCUGUCGUCGCCUGGGACGCAUUGAAGGACCUGACGUCACACCUAAAUCGGGUGCACGCGAAGGUAGAGGUCACCAUAGAGGAGGAAAAAGAAGGAAAGUUACCGUUCCUGGACGUACUGGUCAUCCGAGAGCCGAACGGACGGGUGACUCAUACCGUAUACCGGAAGCCAACGCACACAGACCGGUACCUACGGGCCGACUCUCAUCACCACCCCUCACACCUAUCUUCGGUGCCUCGUACGCUGCUGAAUCGAGCACUCGCUCUAUGCGACCAUGAAUACGUCAAUGCGGAACUGAGCCAAGAGGGACCCUCCCACCAGAGCUUGAAAGAUAGAAGUUGCGAUGGUAAGAGACCUCGAGUAGAACAGUCAGCAGAGUUCUCUUCCGACUUAACGUAG